AUGGGAAAGGGCAAGAAACCCGAGGAACCAAGAGUGCAUGGCGUUGGAUUCGCAGUGAAGAAUUCUCUGUUGUCCACUGCAGAAUCGCCGUCCAGUGGUACCGCCCGCAUCCUGUCUCUCCGCCCGUCAACCUUCUCAGGCCCAGUGAACAUCCUGAGUGUCCACGCUCCCACACUCUGCUCCUCAGCCGAGAUCAAGGACCAAUUCUACGAGGAGCUUGACGCCACCAUCAGAGACAUCCCUGCCACGGACCAACUAUACCUGCUCGGCGACUUCAAUGCCCGAGUGGGUUCCGACCGUGACUCCUGGCCCAGCUGCAUCGGUCACUUCGGCAUCGGCAAGAUGAACGAGAAUGGACAGAGGCUUCUUGAGUUAUGCUCUUACCACGACCUAUGCAUAACCAGCACGUUCUUUGCCAUCAAACCACAUCGCCGAGUAUCCUGGCGGCAUCCCAGAUCUCGCCACUGGCACCAACUAGAUCUCGUCAUCAUUCGGAGACCUUCACUGAACUGCGUUCUCACCACACGUAGUUAUCACAGUGCUGACUAUGACACUGACCACUCCAUGGUCGGCAGUAAAGUCCGUCUCCAACCCAAGCGGAUCCACCGAUCCAAGCAGAAAGGUCGCCCCCGCAUUAACACCAGCAAGACGGCAAUCCCAGACCUGUGCGAGCGCUUUGCCAACUCCAUCGAGGAUGCCCUCAAAAACUGCCCUAAUGGCAACGCCGAAGAGAGGUGGAGUAGCAUCCGUGAUGUCAUCUACAACUCCGCAAUGGACACCUUCGGCAAGAGAGAGAGGCAGAACCCGGAUUGGUUCGAAGCCGGCAUUGCUGAACUAGAGCCAGCAAUUGAGGCCAAGAGAGCAGCCCUCAUUAACCACAAGAGGGAGCCUUCCGUGAAGUCACUCGCUGCACUCAGGAAGGCCAGGAACGACGCCCAACGGAUCGCUCGGCGCUGCGCAAAUGACUACUGGCUCAACCUUUGUGAGAGCAUCCAGCUCUCUGCUGACUGCAGCAAUACUCGUAGCAUGUGCGAAGGCAUGAAGAAGGCCUUCGGCCCAAGCAUAAACAAGAUUGUGCCCCUGAAAUCAGCUACCGAACUGAGCAAGGCCAUCGACUCCCUUGCCUGUGGCAAAGCUCCAGGCAUCCCACCCGAAGUCAUCAAGGUGGGAAAGAAGACUGCUCUCCUUCACCAUCUGCACCAGCUGCUGCCCCAAGAGAUGCGCGACGCCAACAUCAUCACUCUAUACAAGAACAAGGGCGACCGAAGCGACUGUAACAACUACCGUGGAAUAUCCCUCAGCAUUGUUGGGAAGGCCUUCACCCAUGUAGUCCUCAACAGACUGCAGUUGCUCGCAGAGCGCGUAUACCCUGAGAGGCAACUGCUAUACAUCGCUUUUAUUGACCUGGGCAAGGCCUUCGACCUCGUCAGCAGGAACGGCCUUUUCACUCUGCUGCAGAAGAUUGGAUAUCCCCCCAAGCUCCUGAGGAUGAUCACAUAUUUCCAUAAAGACAUGCAGGGCACCGUACAGUGCGAUGGUUCCUCCUCAGACCCACUUCCAAUCAAGAUCGGGGUAAAACAAUUGUGCAUACUCGCUCCGACACUCUUUGGAAUCUUCUUCUCUCUGCUGCUGUCCUACGCCUUCAACCAGUCAGAGGACGGAGUCAAAGGACCUUCACACCAGAAGCGACGGCAGUCUCUUCAAACUUGCCCGCCUCUGAGCUAA